AUGGUCUUCAACAGCAUCCUGCACAAGGAUUCCUCCUCUGAAUCCAAAUACUCAUUGUUCGGCAAGUCGCGGUCGACCUCAUGCUGUCCAACUUUUCCGCCUCCUUGCCCAAAGCGACUGAACGCCUCCGUCAACCUUGCUCUCCAAUGCUGUCCCAGCCCAUUGGACAUCAAAGGCAUCGUCCUCGGUCGUGUUUUCUUUGACCUCACCUCUCGAUUCGAUUGCGGGCUGAGUAUACAAGUCGGGUGCGGGUUGGUGGAGAGCAACUUUACCGCGGCCAAAGGUGGGCCAGGGGAAGUGAGGGUCUGUGAUGUUGUCCAUUACCGGAUCACACAAAGGGUUCUCGCUUCGACCAUGCUGGCUCUCCUGGGGCGCCUUCCCCGGCCCCGAUCGGAAAGAGAAGCGGAAGACCUCCUGUGCCAGGUCCGGGGCCUGAUGAAAGGCGUAUGGGCGGAUAUCGACCAGGCUUUCAACAAUCCCUCUUCCAUGCGCGCUUUUGAGACCAUCUUUCUUCCGUUCCAUGACGACAGAGCUGGUUUCCAACUCGCCCUGAAUAGCCUGAGGCAGGAUAUCUUGCCCGACGAAUGGGAGCCGGUACUGAGGAUGGGGGCGGGAAUGUUGAAGGUGCAGAUGAUUGUGCAUAGUUGCAAUGGAGAGCGGAGAAAGACUUAUCAGCGGAUGGCGGGAAAGAUGAUCUGUGGACACUUGACGGAUAAGAGGAGCCCCUUGUCCGAGAUUGAGAGAGGAAGGGUGGAAGAGCAGCUACGGGUCAAUAUUGAUUGUACACCUAGUUUGGAAUCGCCGUGUUACGGGUGA